CGCUCUGGAUCUGCGCAUGCGGAAUUUAUAGGUCCGCACCAAGCAUACACGGAUUAAGGGGGCGGGGUCACCAGAUGUUGGCACUUCAUUUGGGGCACAAUCAGACACAGGACGAACAGGGAAUAAGGCUGCUGAGGGAAGGAAGUCAGUAUUGAUCAAUUACGUCGAAGAUAGCCAUAGACAUUAAGGAUAUUGUAUUCAUUAUGCUCCACAAGUGAAAAAAAAUAUAAUUUAAAAGAAAAAGCAUUAGCAGUAUGGAUGUUGAUGCUGUUCCUGUUGGCAACCUGAUUGAUUUUGAUUCAGAACCUUCAGUAGUUGAGUCUUCAUCACCUGCAACCCAGAAGACUUCAAAUUAUUCUGACAACAUCCAUGAGGAAGACACUGGCAAUGAUAGUGAAGCGACAGAAUCUGCUGAUAGUGAAAAUGAGGCAACUGAUUCACCUUGCCACAGUGGUUGGAGCCAUUCUCGUCGUUCCUCUUCCAAUGAGUCCUUCUCCUCUAUUCAAAGUGUAGAAUAUACAGAAGACGAGGAAGCAACAGAAAGGAGGGAAUUCAUAUGCAAAUAUGUGGACAAGAUAUUUCAUGGAGGAGAGGAAAUUGACCAAGAGGAGAAAGCACGGUUUGGCCAGCUGUGCUCUGGGGACAAUAGCAAAGAAAGGGAAUGGUUUGCCAAAUACGUCAGUGCCCAGCGGUGCAAUUCAAAAUGUGUUUCAGAACAGACAUUCUACAGGCUUGUCCAGUCAUUUGCUGUUGUUCUUUUUGAGUGCUACCAAACAGAUGACUUUGGUCCAGCCAAAAAUCUGAUGACCAUGUGCUUCACAUAUUAUUAUAUAGGAAAAAUGCAUCUGUCCCCAAAUGAAUUUAUGGAAAAACCAUCCAGUGGCAUUGAUUCCUACAUAAAAUCUGCCAACACGUGGCUGUCAGAGAAGAAAGACAUUGCUGAACGGCUUCUUAAAAAUACGAGUAGUAAGACAGAAAAUGUUAAGGGAUUUUUUGGAGGUCUUGAAAACAAGCUGAGAGGCCCCUUAACAAAGAAAAAUGAAGAUGCAGAGAAUAAGCCUGAAGAGAAGCCUAAGAAGACUGUUCAACUGGAUUAUCCUGAAGAAAAAAAGGGAGAGAAGAUUUAUCUUUAUGUGCACCUUAAACAACAACCAAUCUGGCACACACUUCGGUUCUGGAAUGCUGCCUUUUUUGACGCAGUCCACUGUGAGAGAAGGAAGAGGUCUCCUACUACCAGGAGGAAUGCUGGGGAGCAAAAACACAAGAGAGAGAAGUGGUGUCAUAUGACACAGGAAGAGAAGGACGACAGUCUAAGGUUUAAUGAAAACAUUACAUUUGGUCAGCUGGGAACCUUUACACAUAAUAUGAUCGCUUUUGGGCUUAGCAAGAAGCUCUGCAAUGAUUUUCUUAAGAAACAAGCUAUUAUUGGCAAUCUAAAUGAAGAGCAAUACAAGCUGCUUACAGAUCACAUUGAACAGAUGGCUUUGGAAUAAGGGACAACCGCAAAAAAAGAUACUUGCAGCAAUUCUUUUUGCAUGGCAGUUGCCAUCUUGUAGCAUGGUAUACUACAAAGUGAUUUAGAAAAAAAAUGCAGUAACCAUAAUUUAUCCAAAAAUUAUGUCUGUUAAACUCUACUAUCAAAAAAUAAAGCAAUUUAGAAUACACAAGUAUCCCUUUAGCGUGCAUUGCAAUGAUACUUUAGAGACAAUGAUGAAAAUACUUUCAAUGGGACAAAAUAUCUCUUCACUGUUCUUUACCAUAUUUUAAAAAUGCAAAAGUGCAAAAACUGCAAGCCAAACAUCAGACUUUCUCUGAAGGUGACGUUUUUUGAACGAUUGGAAUAACCAUGUUCCAUUUCUUUUUUAAACAAUAGUAGCACUAGUGUAAAAUUGCCAUUAUGGUGCACUGUGUUUGAUAAAAUGAAGAUGCAGUGCGAAGUAAGAAAUUGUCAUAAACAAAAUAAAGCAGUUAAACCCAUUUUCAUUUGAGAUAAAAGUAACCAAAUUUUUUUUUGUUUCUAUUGUUUCUAUUGUUUUAUUUUCUAAGUGCCUUUAAAGACCUGCAAAACAUUUUUGGCCAAUUGUGAAACGAUUACUGAUACAAUUUAGUGGGCAACUUUUUUAGACACUUAAGUUGCUUAUUAAAUACUUACAUUUUGCUAAAAAUUAUAGUAUUUUAUAUGUGCCACCUGUUUAUGUAAUAAAGUAAAACAGUGUUUUGGCAUGUAUUUUGAUAACUAGUCCUUUGUCAGCAAUAGAAAUUUAAAUAGAAAUUGUUUUGUUUUAACAAUAAAUCGCCAAUGACUAUACACAUAUACAGUAUUUUGUAAAAAGUUCCACACGGCUUAAAUGCUAAUUUUGAUAAUAUAAGCAGCAUCUGCCAUGUGCAUUGUUUCUUUAGGGCAUAAUAAGAUGCUUUAUUUUUUGAAACACUGUUUUUGCCAGUGAGAUUUGUUGUGUAUUAUAUUCCUGAAAAACAAUCUGUAAAUGAUAUUUUUUUAUUUAUUUAGAGGACUAUUUAAAGGAGAUCUCUUAUCAUGUUAAUGGAAAUUUUCACAGUUACAUCAAAUUAAUGUUCAUUAAAGGCAAAUAGUAUAGAAAUUCAAUAGGCAGGCUGCUUAAGCAUGAAUGCUUAAUGGGACAAAAUAUGUUUUAGCAUUGAUUAGCAUUAAAAUAUAAUUGCAUUAAUUUUUAAUUAUUAGUGUAUUUCAUAUUUAAUGACCAUUGGUAUUAUAGAUUAAAUGUGACAGAGGAGCACCUUAUGGAGUCUUUAAACAUUUCAUUCCAAAUUUGUUUUUUUUCUUUUCUUGGGUAGAUUGUAAGAUGUUUAUACUAAAAUGGGCUUUAAUUUUAAAGAGUACAUCUGACUGGGAGAAAAAUAAAUGGCAAGCUAUUCGCUUAAAGAUCUAUAAGAAGACUUUGGGAAAAAUUAUAGUUUGGCCAGAUUAUACAUAAUGUUACAAAUACCAGUUUCACAGAUGUCGAAAUAAUGUGCAGAAAAAAUACAUCUUUGAAAUAUUUUCCACAAUAAGUAAUAAUGUUGUGUAUGUAUCUGGCCUUAAAACCUUUACCCUGCUUUUGCAAAUACCCAAUUACUGAGCACUAGUUGGUAAAAUUAUUGCUUAAUAAACAAAAAUGUGAAGGUAAUGUUCAGAUAAUUUAUAUUUGCUGGAAAUAAAAGUUGCAGUUGUUGUUCUUUACAAUUCACUAUUUUUUAACUUAUUUUUGAGAAUGUGAAGUUAUAGUGUUUCUCAAUUGCAUUGAGACAAAAUAUUUUGCUGUGUGUAGAUUUGUUUAUGGUGCAAUUUUAUGGUUUUGAGGCAAUAUUUUUAUGCAUUGAAAUUGUAUUUUUAGAAGAAAAGAUGUCUAUGCUAGUGUGCUUUCCCUUUUAUAAAUGUUCUAAAUUAAAGGUUUACAAGGCUUACUAAGUAAUGUGUGCAUAUCUGCAAUGUUUUUACUGUUCAUUUUUGUUUAUCUGAUUAUGUGAAUCAAGAAAUGACUGAAUAUAAUGCAUAAAAUCAUUCCAUUGUCCAGUAUGCCAAAGGAAAAAUAAAAUGUAGAGGUUGGAUACAUCAGAAAAUGUCAUCCCAAAUAUGUAUACACUCUAGUUUUUGUAAGGUUUUUAAAUUAAUAUCAGAUGUUGGCAGUAGGUAACAACAAUUUUUAAACUGUGUGAUACAAUUCCCCUUGGAAAGUACAUUAAGCUGUGCAAGAAGCCGCCUUUCAAAUAGUGUAUUGUUUAGUUUAUAGUACAAUUUGUGUUGUUACUCAAAGCUGUAAUAAAACUUCUGCGGCUUUCAUUGUCAUACACAGUGUAGCUAGCUACUGUUCAAAACAUUUACAUCAAGGAAAUCUUCUUCUUCUUCUGGUUCACAAUUAAAGGAUGCUUUUAAAAGGAAACAUUAUGAGUACUCAUGGCAGAGGUAAUAGAAUGGUUUUACAAAAAGGUUCACAUAUCUUUAAUGUGUAAUGUUUUGUAUAGGAUUGACUGGAUAACAUGUUGGCUAGACUGGGUGUGUAUGUUUCAUAGUUUUAUAGGCUUUAUGCUUGUGAAUCCAAAUAUAAUUUUUGAAUGUGAAAGUAAAAAUGUAUUUUUGAUUCAAACUUGUCAAUUUGUUGUAUACAUAUUAUGUACUGUACACACAAAUAUGCUGAACACGUGUGUGUAUGUAAUGUACAGUGUAAUACAUUUUUCCAAUUUAUCUGAACAUCACGUACACAAAUCUGUAACCAUUAUUAGAUAAUUGUACAUGUUUUGUUGAGCUGUUGUAACCAUUUACGUUUCGUUUUUAAUUUUGUUGGUUAUGUUCAGACAUCUAUUAGGCUGUUUAGUUAUAUUACCUAUAGCCAAACUUUAGCUCUUCCAUAAUUUAUUUGUGUGUGUUAACAGUGUUGGUCUAGUGUAAAAUGUUAAUCGAUAAUAUUUGCCAAUUGCUUUCUCUGUAUUAUAUAGACAUAAUGUGUUACUCAUGAUCAUCUUACCAUCUAAUGAAAUAGAUAAACAACAUUUGUGAUCGUGUGUGACUGACGUAGGCAAUAGUAAAAACAUGUAGAACCCUAUUGUGAAUUUCAUUUUAAAUGCUGUGUGCACUGAGUUUGUGUAACUUGUGUGUAAAAUUCAGCGGCUGUAUAUGUAUGAAUAUGUAUGUGUAAUUACACAUGUAUAUUUAUAUACACAUACUUUUUCUUUAUGUACAGUAUUCUGCAUGGUAGUCAAAUCACAUUUUGAUUUUACUUUUAAUUCUACAUCUGCAGUUAUUGAAAUGUAUUUUUAUUUGUGGUAAACCUACUGAAUAUGGAAAUACUGUAAUAAAUCUGUUUUAAUUACAAUGAUAAUGGUUUGUCAUGCUUGACAAUGAACUAAUAAAACUUAAAUGAUCCCAUG